AUGCCGCUAAUAACGCUCACUGGAUACCCGACGUCAGGAAAAACUUACCGUGCGGCGCAAUUGCAGGCAGCGUUGACGACGCGGAUUCACGCGCUGCCACCGACGCACGCCUGGUCGGACCUUCGCAUUCACGUCAUCUCAGAUCACUCGCUCGGCAUUCCGCGCAGUGUUUAUAACCUCGACGACAAAGAUGCCUCGGAGCGGAGUAACAACGCCGCCGAGAAAAAUGCUCGCGCCACCCUCUUUGCCGCCGUCCAGCGCGUGCUCGGGCCCAGCGACCUCGUUAUCCUUGAUGCCGCGAACUACAUCAAGGGCUGGCGCUAUCAGCUCUACUGUGAGGCGAAGGCCGUCGAAACCCCACAUUGUGUAGUUCACAUUGGUACGUCUAUUGAGCGCGCCCGCGCCAUCAAUGAAGGCCGCCUCUUAGAUGCGGCUGGAAGGACAGCCGACGAGGCGGGCGCUUAUACUUUGCAGUGCUGGGAGAACUUGGUUUUCCGAUACGAAGAGCCAAACGUUUUUGUGCGCUGGGACCAUCCAUUAUUUACGGUAAUCUGGGAGGAUGAACAGCUGCCAGUUGAAGCGAUCUGGGAGGCGCUUGUCGGCAGCGAAGAGAGUGGGAAAAGAAUGGUUCGGCCCAAUGCAGCCACAGUAGUACGGAAGGCAAAUAGCGAAGACUAUCUGCACGAACUAGAUCAAUUGACGCAGGGAAUCCUGAAGAUUCUUUUACAAUGGAUUCAGGAUCACCCUGGCGAAGAAGGAGAAGUAAGCGUAGGUGACGGACUGUUCGUUAGAUUAGCCACACGCUGUGUUGGCCUACCUGCACUACAGAGAUUAAAAAGACAGUUCAUUUCUCUCAACCGAGCUAACACCGUGCCUAUAAACCGAAUCGUAGAGAGCUUUGUCGGGUACCUCAACGAUCAAUUCGAAGCAAUGUAA